UAUAGCAAUAAUUCAUUCUUGAAAAAGAGAAUUUUUUUUUUAAAAAAUGGGUAAAGAUAUUGAGGUCGGAGCUGAGCACAGCGGCGGCAAGGACUACCAAGAUCCUCCGCCGGCGCCGCUGAUCGACGCGGAGGAGCUCGGCAAGUGGUCUUUCUACAGAGCCAUCAUCGCUGAAUUCGUGGCAACGCUCUUGUUCCUCUACGUCACCGUCCUCACCGUCAUCGGCUACAAGAGCCAGAGCGCCGCCGACCAGUGCGGCGGCGUCGGCAUCCUUGGCAUCGCAUGGGCCUUCGGCGGCAUGAUCUUCGUCCUCGUCUACUGCACCGCUGGCAUUUCCGGCGGUCACAUUAAUCCUGCGGUGACAUUCGGGCUUUUUCUGGCCCGAAAGGUGUCGUUGGUUCGGGCCGUGCUGUACAUGGUGGCGCAGUGCCUAGGCGCGGUGUGCGGGUGCGGGCUUGUGAAGGCGUUCCAGAAGGCAUACUACGUGAGAUACGGAGGCGGCGCGAAUGAGCUGGCAGACGGCUACAGCACCGGCACAGGAGUCGCGGCCGAGAUCAUCGGCACCUUUGUCCUCGUCUACACCGUCUUCGCCGCCACCGAUCCCAAGAGGAAUGCUAGAGACUCGCAUGUUCCGGUUUUGGCGCCACUUCCAAUUGGAUUUGCGGUGUUCAUGGUUCACUUAGCCACCAUCCCAAUCACGGGCACUGGCAUCAACCCGGCCCGAAGUUUUGGAGCCGCGGUCAUCUACGGCAAAGACAAAGCUUGGGAUGAUCAAUGGAUAUUCUGGGUCGGGCCCUUCGUUGGAGCAGCCAUCGCUGCAAUCUACCAUCAGUUCGUUCUUCGGGCCGGAGCCGCUUUUGGAUCUUUCAAGAGUUCUUAUUGAAAAUCAUUUUUUGGGGAGUUUGAAUAAAGAUUAUAAUACUCCAAGAUUUGAGAAGCAAUUGUAAAUUAAAUGUCUAUUAGUGUUGUGUUGGCAAAUGGGCCGUGUUUUGGCCCGAAUGGCGCUUUCGCUUUUCUUUUCUUUUUGCUCAGUUUCGGGCCUUUUUUUCUUCACCUCGAUGCCAUGAGUAUCAAAGUGAUAAUGUUGUUGUAAUGUAAAUGCGCUAUCCUCAAAUUAAGGUGUGA